UUUAGCUACUACUCCCGAAUUUGCAUUGUGCACAAAUAGAACGAAAAAUAGUGCCAUUGACGAAGGAAUUUUGAAAUUUUGUAGAUUUAUUAUUCUAUACGCAUUGAGUUAUCGUAGAUUCGUUUUUUUUUCGAACGAAAUCGCCUGGUUAUUCACAGAGUUUGGUCGCUGAAGGGUUUGGUAAACAUUCAUCAUCAUCCUCAAACGGCCGAAAGUAUCUAUUGUUUCUCGGUUCCACAACUGGCUUACAGUUCACUAUCGGUUUGGAAUCCUCUCUCAUUGUAGAAUUUUGGGUUGAACCCUUUUAGUUGGGUAAAAUCAUUCACUUUCUCUUGCGAUUUGGCUAGCUGGUAGCCUCUUUUUCUGAGCCCCGUUAUAUAUCUAUUGCUUACACUCGCUUUCCAGCUUUUGUGCCGAACUACCAUUACCAAAAGCUACCUAUUUUUGCUUCUGUUCUCGUUUUCGCUUACAUUUGAUUUACCAUGGGCAGCAGUAGUCGCAGAAGAUCCUCUUCCUUGGUCACCAAGGUACCUAAUCCAACCAUUGAUGAUCGAUUGGACCAAGGGUCUGCCACCAAUUAUAACUCGAAUUGGGUGAACUAUAAAGGUGCUUGGAUCAUUCACAUCGUUCUUAUUGCUGCGUUACGUCUUGUAUUUCAUGCAGUUCCGUCAGUCUCUCGUGAACUUGCCUGGACGUUGACCAACUUGACAUAUAUGGCCGGAUCUUUCACUAUGUUCCACUGGGUAACUGGAACCCCUUUUGAAUUUAAUGGCGGUGCUUACGAUCGACUCACAAUGUGGGAACAACUUGAUGAGGGUAACCAGUAUACUCCUGCACGGAAAUAUUUGCUUGUCUUACCCAUUAUCUUGUUUCUUUUGAGCACUCACUACACUCAUUAUAAUGGUUGGAUGUUUUUAGUAAAUAUUUGGGCCCUCUUCAUGGUUUUGAUUCCAAAGCUUCCUGCUGUUCACAGAAAAAGAAUUUUUGGAAUACAAAAGUUUGCUCUUCAUGACGACGAAAGCGAAACUGUAUCUCGUUAAGCCCGGAAACCCUACUUUCCGUGUUUUACUUUUAUUCCCAUGUCCGUGCAUUUGUCGUAUUGAGGUAUCCGCUGUUUGAUUCAUUGUUUUCUUUCUUUUUCGCCGAUUUUCCUUCCGUAAAGGCUUCACCAAUAUCGCUUUUAUGACAUCUUUAAAACAACCUAAAAAAUAGAUUUUCUUUGAUGACUUACUGUUUUAUGUUGAUUGUUUAACCUGUCUUAUUCUUUUUUUUUCUCUAUUUCACUAUAACUUUAGAAAAUCGUUUUUAUUAUCCGCUGGUAUUGUAAAAGGGCCGUCUCCUAACACUCGGUAAGCCCUUGUUCGUUGGUUGUUUUCUCAUUACUCCCUUGAUUUUUGUAAGUCUUAAAGUAUUCAUUCAAGCAACAUCUUGUAACGAAGAUUGAGGUUAAAGAAAUUGAAGUUGAAAUAUAAAUUUGCCUUUGUUUUGGAAGAUGCAAAGCGUAACUUUCUUUGUACUCGUUCAAGUGUAUAUAUUUCCGUAGUUGAAAGGAUUAACGCUUUCAGGCCACAUGUAUACUGAGUCAAAGAUAACAAUGUGUUUUUCUGUACCUUCAUCAUUUCUGUUUUUCCUGUUUGCUUUUCUUCAGUUGACAUCACAAAAUUGAACAUGCUUUCUGACAAAACUAUGUGCUGUAUAUACCUACUAGUCGUAUACUAUUAUAUAAAAAAUACAAAUUUUGUACUUUUAU